AUGAACGUCUCUAUUCCAGACAUCGCCUGCUAUUCGCCCGGGCGAGACGUCGUCGUGCCGCCCCUGCUGACUCAGACACACGUCAUCCCCCCCACGCACGCACACACUGCUUCUGCUGCUGCUGCUGCUGCUGGUGCUGGUGGUGAUGGUGCUGCUGCUGCAGGCGAUGGGUCAGGUGGUUUUUCAGGUGCUUCUGCUGCUGCUGCCGGCCCACCUGCAUAUGGAGGUCGCAGUAUCCGUGUGCUGAUGGUGACGUCAGCGGCCAACGUCGCUGACAUAAGCAACUUCAGGAUGAAUGAAGGCCUGCACCAUAACUAUGCGGUGGAGAAGUGGUUGAUUGAGCUCUAUGCGUCCAACGCAGCAGCCAUCGAGGGGUGGACAGUGGUGUUCCGAAAUGACAACGAGGAGGCUUUAGGGGUCCGGGGGGAUGCCCCUGAAAUUAGUCGUGCUGCUGCUGGUGCUGCUGCUGCUAGUGAUGAUGGUCCUGGUGCUGCUGCUGGUGCUGGUAGUGGUGAUGGCGAUGACGACAGCGAGUGGAGCAAGAGUGUAUUCUGUCUCAUUCCGCCUGGUCGGGCGCAGUGGACCUGCCAGCUGGCUAAGGCGGUCCUCUCAGGCUGCAUCCCAGUGACAUUCCACCGUGCCAACGACAACCCCUGGGCCGCCUCCCUCUACCACCAUUCUGCCACUGCCUCCGCCUCACCCUCAUCUAUCAACUACCCGGUGUUCUCUCUCAACGUCGACCCGGCAGCGCUGGACUCGCUGCCCCGCCGCCUGCAGGAGGCGUUUGAGCAGCCGGGGCUGGUGGAGCGGCUGCAGCACAACCUGGGGCUCGUGCAGGACAUAUUCAAGUGGCAUGACUCCCUGGACCAGGGAGCAGGGGCGGUUCUGAUUAGCAGGCUGCGGAAGAUAGGAGCAGCGGCGGCACAAUCACAGCAGCUGGAUGAGCAGAUUGUGUUGCCUCUGGAGACUAAUAAGAAGGGAUCCUAG